AUGAUACGUCAGCACCACGACGGGAUGAUGGCGCGACUCACGGACGACGGCACAAUCUCCGGGGCAUUCGCGGUGACCAAUGGAAUGAAACGGGGGUACGUCCUCGCACCCGCACUCUUUGGCCUCAUGUUUUCUGUCAUGCUGGUGGACGCUUACCGUGAUGAGCGCCCUGGGAUACGCAUCUCCCACAGAGCUGGCAGGCCUCUUCUCAACAGCAGGCGUAUGCAGGGCCCCACGCGACUAUCUACGAUCACCGUCCACGACCUGCUCCUCGAGGACGACCGCGAGUUCCACACCACGACUGAAGUGAGCAUGCGACAGAGCAUGGACCUCCUCAUCGCGGGGUGCGCCAACUUCGGCCUGACUAUCAAUACGGACAAAACGGUGGUCAUGCACCAAGCGUCACCCAACAUGCACAACUACACUCCUCCUCGAGUCUCUAUCGACGGCCACCAACUUAGAAUUGUGGACAAUUUUGCUUACCUAGGUGGCACACAUUCCUGCAGCUCAAGAAUCGGAGAUGAAGUGGACCACCGGAUAUUCAGAUUCGCGAAGCAUCUGGUCAGCUUCAGAACUCUGUGUGAAAUCGCGAAGGCAUUCAAAUGAACACCAAACUGAAAAUGCGCAGUCGCCGUCCUGACGACACUUCUCUAUGGAACGGAGACCUGGGCCGUUUACCCCAGUCAUGCCAGGAAACUCAACCACUCCCAUCUCAGUUGCCUUCGUAGAAUAUUAAGCUCGAAUGGCAAGGGAGGAUUCCCUACACCGAAGUCCUGAAGCGGACCAGAAUCUUCAGCAUUCACACCAUGUUUAGGCAGCUGCAGCUACAUUGGAAUGGUCAUCUCGAGAGGAUAGAAGAUACAGUCUAUCGAAGCAACUCUUCUAUGGUGAUGUCGACACCAGUACUCCUCAACAAUGAAAACAAAAAGGCGUUACAAGGACACUUUAAAGAACUCUAUGAAACGGCUGCAGAUCAACCCGGAGACCUGGGAUGAUCUCGCCCAGAACACACCUGAAAUGCGAAGAGAGGUUAAGACCGGCACCGAAGUAACUCGGAUCGCUGCCACCAAAGCUAAAAGGGAGGCUCGUAUGUCACAAGUGCCUCGACCCCCCCAAUGUCAAUAGUUAGCCUUUUCCAACAUGUCCACGAUGCCAAAGCACAUCCCGCGCGCGAAUCGGCCACGUGGGACACCUUCGGACGAAAUACACUAAGAACCCGUCAAAUCCUCCGCCCUCUUUCGCCCCUGCCGCAGACCCCGCGACAACGACUACCCCGUCAUUGAUGAUCACACUUUCGCUGCCCCACUGCCAUCAAUCGCGGACAUCUGCCUGCCUCAACCCCUGCGUCGACCACAGCGAUCAGCUUCGUAA